AUGAGAUUUCUCACUGCGGCACUGGGCUUUGCCCUUCCUUUCGCCGCCGCCAAGGUCUCCUACGACGGCUACAAGGCGUUCCGCAUCGACGAUCAGCUCGACUAUGCCGGUGUCCAGAAAGCUCUCUCCGACAUCUCCUUCAAAUCUCUCAGUGUUGAGAACACCCGCAAGGGCAUUGAGAUCGCCGUCGCCCCUGAAAGCAUCAAAGCUUUUGAGGCCCUUGGUCUGAAGACGCACGUCGUCCAUGAGGAUCUGGGCGCCGACAUCGCUCUGGAGGGCCAGUUCAAGCCGUAUCGGGCAUCCAUCAAGGCUUUCGGCGCCAAUUCGUCUGGAGAGCUUCCGGACAUCUCGUACUUCAACUCGUACCAUGAGCUUGCAGACCACCACCAGUUCCUUGAUGACAUCAGUGCUUACCUUCCCGACAACUCUGAGACCUUUGUCGCUGGCAAGUCCGUCGAGGGCCGCGACAUCAAGGGCAUCCACCUCUACGGCAAGGAGGGUGCUGGCAAGAAGCCUGCCAUCAUCUGGCAUGGCAAUGUCCAUGCUCGCGAGUGGAUCACCGGUGUCACUGUUGAGUACCUCCUCUACAAGAUCGCUGAGGGAUACAAGAAGACCGGUGACGAGAGCACCGCUACGACCCUGGACAACUACGACUUUUACAUCAUCCCUGUUGUCAACCCCGAUGGCUUCGUUUACACCACCGCGGAGGACAGAAUGUGGCGCAAGAACCGUCAAGUGCGCCAGGGCAAGACCUGCGUCGGCACCGACAUGAACCGCAACUGGCCCAACCAGUGGGACAUCCCCGGAGGCUCCUCUCCCGAAGCCUGCUCCGAGACCUAUCGCGGCGAGGCUGCAGGCGACACUCCCGAGAUCGCCGCCCUCACCAACCACACCCUCAAGGUCGCCGACGCCGCCGGCAUCAAGUGGUACGUCGACUGGCACUCGUACAGCCAGCUGAUCCUCACGCCUUACGGCUACGACUGCAACACGGACCCUGCCAACCUGGACCGCCAGCUGGAGCUGGCUGGAGGCCUCGCCAAGGCCAUCAAGAGCGUCCACGGCGUCGAGUUCGUCUACGGCCCUACCUGCAAGACCAUCUACCAGGCUGCGGGUGGUAGCAUGGACUGGGUCUACGAUAUCGCCGAGGCCGAGCUAGCGUGGGGCAUUGAGCUCCGCCCCGGCAGCGAUGAUUCCAACGGAUUCGUCCUGCCCCCCGAUCAGAUCGUGCCCUCUGGCGAGGAGCAGUGGGCUGGUGCGAAGUGGGUGUUUGCCAACUUUUAG